UUUAUUCAUUCAUUGGUUGUAUUGAGAACAGAAUAGUCGUAACAAAAGUCAAUUUAUAAAAUGAAGGUUUGCACAAUUUUGCUGAUUUCUGCGAUAUGUCUGUUGGGCACAAAUGCGUCGAAAGCACCAUUUAAAAUGCCAGAAAAGUUAUUGCAAAAAUCGAAGGCUGCAGGUGACAAAUGUAUAAAAGAGGUUGGAGCACCGUCUGACUUUAUGGAACAUCUUUUCCCCUGGAAUUAUCCUAAAAACGAACUGAACGAAAAGACUUUGUUUUGCUUCGUUACAACAUUAGGUUUGGCAAAUCAAGAUGGAAUAUUCAGCGGAGAAAAAGUACUAUCAGUUUUUACCAGCAGUGACAAAAUCGAAGAAAUCAAGAAAGCCUUCACAGACUGUAACGAAAUGAGGGGAAACAAUCCACAAGAAACCGCAUUCAUCAUAUCAGAAUGCUUCUUUGACAAAGCACCUAUCAGGCUGAUGAUGUAACACUACACUUUUAAAAUAUUUUCCAGCUUAAUCGCUUUUGAAAACAGGAAAGAAAACAAAAUUAAUAAAUUUCUCAA